UCAUCUGCGUUGUGUAGGAAUGGCAGAAGUGGCUGUGAUGUGGUUGGUAACAAUGGGAAUCAGAAAUUAGCAACAUCUGGGCAGUUUGUGCACAUUAAACCCGAGUGUGCGGAACGGAGCCGAAGCCGCUUCAGCGCAGCCGACUGAAGAACUGACCCAGGACCCAGGGGCGACGCUAUGGGCUCGCUGAGCAGACAGGAGUUCUUCCAGGAGCUGGCCGAGGGCUGCCUGCUCCCCACCGCGCAGCAGGGCGUGGAGCAGGUGUGGCAGCUGCUGGUGAUCUGCCUGGCCUGUCGGCUGCUCUGGAGACUCGGUCUCCCGUCCUACGUGAAGCACCUGAGCACGGUGUGUGGAGGCUUCUACUCGCUGUACCUGUUCUUCGAGCUGCACAUGGUGUGGGUCGUGCUGCUCAGUCUCCUCUGUUACCUCAUCCUGUUCCUGUGCCGACACUCCCAGAACCGCGGGACCUUCCUGUCUGUGACCAUCCUCAUCUACCUGCUGAUGGGAGAGCUGCAUAUGAUGGACACGGCGACGUGGCAUAAAAUGAGAGGCUCGCAGAUGGUGGUGGCCAUGAAGGCCAUAUCCCUGGCCUUCGACCUGGACAGGGGCGUGGUCCCGGCCGUGCCGUCCCCCGUGGAGUUCAUGGGCUACAUCUACUUUGUGGGCACGGUCAUCUUCGGCCCCUGGAUCAGCUUCACCAGCUACAGAGAGGCCAUCGAGAGCCGCAAGCUGAGUUUCUCCUGGUUCCUGAAGGUGGGCCUGAGCUGGGUGAAGUGCCAGGUGUGCCUGCUCAUCUCCAACUGCAUCGCUCCUUACCUCUUCCCCUACAUCAUCCCCAUUUACGGGGACCGGCUGCUACGCAACAAAAAGAAACGAAAAAACAGAGGCGCUGUGGCCAGGUGGCUCUAUGCCUAUGAAAACGCCCUGUCCUUCCACUUCAGUAACUACUUCGUUAGCUACCUGAGCGAAACCACCACCACGCUGGCCGGAGCAGGCUUCACUGAAGAGAAGGACAACGUCAAGUGGGAUAUGACUGUCGCCCGGCCGCUCAGCGUGGAACUUCCCAGGUCCAUGGUGGAGGUCGUGACCUCUUGGAACCUGCCCAUGUCCCGCUGGCUCAACACCUAUGUUUUUAAAAGUGCGCUCAAACUCGGCACCUUUCCCGCGAUCCUGGUGACGUACACGGCCAGUGCCCUGCUGCACGGUCUCAGUUUCCACCUGGGAGCUGUGCUUCUGUCCCUCGGCUUCAUCACGUACGUGGAGCACGUUCUCAGGAAGCGGCUGUCUGCGAUCUUCAGUGCCUGCAUCCUGUCCAAGCGGUGUCCAGCUGACUGCAGUCACCAGAACAAGAAGACGCUUUGGGUGUACGGGAUCAACCUGCUCUUCGGCGGCCUGGCGAUCUUCCACCUGGCCUACCUGGGCUCUCUGUUUGACAAUGACUCCAUGGAGGCGGACGAGGGCUACGUGGCAAACCACACCAUUCAGAAGUGGACCGAGCUGAGCUGGGCCAGCCACUGGGUCACCUUCGGCUGCUGGGUGUUCUACCGCCUCAUUCGCUGAGCCCAAAGGGAUACAGGGAGAGCUACGCAAUCGGACUGGUUUGACGAAGAGCUUGCAGGCGGGGCCAUUUUUGGGACAAGACUCUUCCACUUCUGCCUCCAAGACUUUCCCGAACGCAGUGGACUGAAGUGCAUUACCUACCAUCACAGUUUUACGCUUUCUUUUCUUCCAGUACUCAGGACAGCCCCAGCAUCUGGGUACGCAAUAUCCUCCCACCAACAUAGCUUCAGUGGCCGUCUUAGUUUCCUAAAUUUGCUUUACUUAUAGCGGGUCAUUGUCUUUGAGUUCACUCAUUCACUCCCAGUCCCCCAUUCAUCCCCCACUCACUCAUUCACUCGCUCACCCCCCCUUGCUUUAGGACCUCUCGGUUAGACCCGUUUUUGGGGUACGAUGCAGUAUGAGAACCAUAGGAGGACUUCUGAGGACCCUGACCGACUGCCCCUCUCCAACAUGGACGUUCUGUCUAACAGAUACGCAAGCCUCUGCCAAGCACAUGUUGUGUUCACUUGGCCAGAACAAACGAGGAGUGGACUUUACCAGAAGGGCAUCUUUAAUGGGACAUACUGACACCAAAGGAAACAAAUGUAAAAUAUGCCCCCCCCCACACUUAUUUUGUUCUGUGUUUGAUGAUGUAGAUACUCACACUGGCCCCAGGUGGCGGUACCCUUAUUUUUUAGAACAUAGCACUCAUUAACCCUUUAAGGUGUACGAUCACAAAUAUGUUAUUAGAAUGUUCUUAUCUGAACAUUAUAACGCUGAUGUAACAAUCACUGGUAUUUGAAAGGAAUGGAGUUGUGGAACGCUGACUUAAAAUUUUGAAAAAAACAUUUAAAAAAAAACCUACUUUUCAAAGGGUUAAACCUGUAAUGCAGAUGAGCUCUACAACUAGGCUACAUGUCAAUCAGGUAUUAAAAUCAUGGUUUUCAAAUGCUGGCUAUUUAUUCCUGGGCCAUGUAAUUACAAAACAGUAUUUAAUAUAGAGUGGUAAGGGCAUUAUGGAUUCCAACUGUCCUAAAUUUAAAUCAGAAGUUAAACACCUGAACAGAUUCAAAGAUUUGCAACAUUCUUGUGCCAUUAAAAAGCUUUGAAUUGAUCAGUAGAGAGCACAGCAUUUAUUGGACAUGCUGUUGUUCAUGUACGACUCCAGCUUAUACUGUAGGUCAGGUGUUCUAACGUGUAUUUUUAGGUACUGUUUAUACAUGACUUUUCAGUGCUCAGAGAAAUAAGGACCAAGUUCAGUUCUGCAUCUCUGAGCGGUGAGGAUAUUUGGUACCCUUCUGUAUGUGUUUAUAAAGUCCAGUGAGCACGUGGUUGAGGAACACUGACUGCUGAUAACCGGGAGGUCAGUCAGUCAGUGCUGGGCUACAUUUCAUACCGUCCUGAACGCUCUCUUUCGAAGCUGCAGCGGAACUUCUAGUGGUCAGAGUGCUCAUGCCUAGAUGACCAUAGUGGUGAUUAUAACCUCCCUCCAUUGCUGGUGAAACUUUGCUUAUGUGUUUAAAUCACCCUCUUCCCCCCUCCCCCCCACCUGAAAAACCCAAACCACUCCCUACCUGACCAUGAUUAAGCCUGUCAAUGGACCUGGGCUGUUUUUAUUAAAAUUUUAUAUGAAACGUUAA